CUUGUCUGGAUGAAGACACCAAGGCCCUGCAGACUUGAGUAGCAAGGUUCCCAGGGUACAUGCACUACUGGAGGUGUGCUCUUGCCUGGGCUCCAUCACCAGGUAGAUCGUCUAGGCUGGUCCAUGUGGGUCACUCUGCUCCUUCCCAUGGCUGAGAGGUGCCCCCUCUAAAUAUAGCCCAGUGUGCUGAGCUCACGCCUAUUUUCAGCCCAGGUUGGGAGGUGGCCCGGCCUUCCCCAGGCUCUCAGAGGAGCCACUGCUGCCCCUAUCUGGUCCUGGUACUAGGUACUCUCAUCGACCCCCUGCCUGCCUAACACCCACCAUGCCGGAGGAGUCCCAAGAAGACACCGUGGCACCGACAAGGAACAGGGCACCACUGGCUCCUAAUCAUGUGCAGGAGGUUCGCCUACACCGGGUGGAGUCCAUCAGCGAUCUACACAGUGGAGGUUCACUGUGGCCCUACCUGGCCGAGGAGGCGCAGCCACGGGAUGAGCUGCUGGGCGUCCUGCCCCCAUCGAUGUGCGCCCAGGCCGGCUGCAGCCCUGUGCACAGCUUCCUGCUGCUGCCUGCGCUGCUGGUGCUCGCCUGCCUGGCGCUGGCUGUCCUGGCCGUCUACCUGAGUGUGCUGCAGAGUGAAUCCCUACGCGUGCUGGCGCACACACUGCAAACGCAGGAGGAGACGCUGCUCAAACUCCGGCUCGCCAGCCUCAGCCAGCUGCGGAGGCUCAACUCGAGUGAGGCCCGAGCACCCAGUUGAGAUGCCACUUGGACCUGGGGCCUGGGGGUAUGUGUAGGGGGGAAUAAAGUGGCCGUUGGUAGCUUUCCCCUCUCCCACUACUGCUCCACACUACUUCCUUGGUGAGGUUUUCGUAUAAGAGCCUGAUCUGACCCCGCAGCUGCCUGCCUUUCUUGCCUUCUCAAGCUAGGCCUAGCCAAGCCUUCUGGUGCCAGGGCCCCACUUGGUGUGGCCCAAGGUCAGAGGAAGCGAAACCAGCCUCCUGGCUCCUCUUGGGGCCUGUCAGCACCCUCUGGCCUCCUUCAGAUAGCAGGUUCAGAAGUCUAAAAAUAGCUGCCCACCCUGGUCACCCAAACUCUGCUGGGCCUCCCACUGGGGGUCCAGCCUCAGUUCUCAAGAGAGGCUGGGCUCUGAGUAGGGGGAGGAGGGCCCCUGGGGAGAGAUUAUUUUGGAGGGCAAAGGUGAGAUGGAGAUAGGGAGGCCCAGCUGGGCCCAAGCCCAGGUUGGUGGAUAGGGAGGGCAGGCAGAAACACCGAGAAGCCAGGGCCCCAGAAGGCUGCACGUUGUUUAAUUAAUUAUCUCUAAAAUCUUUAAAACUCAGCAUAUAAAUCCACUCCAGGUA